AUGAUCUUUUGUUAUUUUAGAGGCGGAUUCGGAAGGCCUAACGAUCGCAAGCGGUCAGCCCCACCUCGCUACUCCCGCUCACCACCGCCACGCUACAUUCGUUCGCGAUCCCACAUCUAUGAAUACUCCCCUCCUCCAAAGCGAAAGCAACACGUGAGGUCAAUUUCACCUCGAGAGAAAAAGACACAGUCGAGAAAGGUCAUAUUCACAAUCUCCAGUGAGACCUCGGUCAACGCCUUACAAUGGGCCGCCUAG